ACGAGUUUGGUUGAAGGCUAUAGCUAGCGAUAAUGAUAUAGAUAAGAAAGUCUUCUGUAGGAAGUCUGGACACAUUUCAUCUAACCCUGGUGACUUUUUAGGAUUCAAUUUUUCACGCACCUUGGUAAUCAUUUCUUCGUUCAUCAGCGAAAAGGUAAGUAUCCGUUACCGUGCUGUUAAAAUUGCUUGUAAUUUAUAUAAUACAAAAAGGAGUGGUCCAGCACUGAUCCCUGUGGAAUACCUCUGGGUACGGGGUUCUACUGGGACUUUUCCCAUCGAGCAAGGAAGAGUUGUCGCUCUUACAUUCUAGCAAACAAUUUUUAUCUUUGGACCCUUUCCGAUUUGAUGAAUAUCUAUUAAUAAGGUCUACAUCGGCUAUGCGUUCCUAUUAGUAAGAUAUGAGCGAUAAAUGCGAUUAGAAUCACAUUUUCUACGGAGAUAAAAACAAGAGUGUUCCAGACGGUCCCUGGCUGUCCAUCCGGUCUGAGUCGGUGUAAGGCGUCUCUCGUGUGUUGUACGGUAAAUCGUACUUCCGGUUCAAUAAAAUACAUGCUUUCCUGUUGCAGACCGGGGACUCGUCGCACUGAAUAUAUGCCUAUGAUUCUGUUUUAUAAACAAAUAUGGUAAUAAGAUUAACUAACCCAUCUAAAGCGAUCACCUCUGUGAACAGAUGGCGCGGCUAUGCACGUGUUUUCGUGAAAAGGCGACAGAAGAUUAUAGAAAGAUGGCUGCAGACGACGUCAACUCGAACGACUUCACAAUCACAUCGUGAUCAGAGAACAGAGAAAACAUUUUAUGUAUCGACACCUAUCUUCUACGUCAAUGCAGCUCCCCACAUCGGUCACCUGUACACAGCACUAGUAGCAGACUCACUAGCAAGGUGGAAUCGGCUCAAAGGCGUCCAGACAUUCUUUGCCACUGGAACAGAUGAACAUGGAUUGAAAGUUCAACAGGCAGCUGAAAAAGCUGGUUUGGCGCCCAAACUUUUCUGUGAUGAAGUCUCAAAUAAGUUUCAGGAUCUGUUUAAGAAGAAUGAUAUAAACUACUCCACAUUUGUUCGUACAACAGAUGAAGCUCAUGUGAAAGCUGUACACCACAUAUGGAAUGUGCUGAAUGAUAAUGGAUUUAUCUACAAGGAUACAUACAAAGGCUGGUACUCCAUUUCCGAUGAAGCAUUUAUUUCUGAUAAAGAUGUUACAAAUGUUACUACAAAGUCAGGAGAGACACAGAAGGUGUCAGUAGAGAGCGGUCAUCCAGUUUUGUGGAUGGAAGAGGAAAACUACAUGUUCAGACUCUCGGAGUUCAAACCUCAACUACAGCAAUGGAUUGAUACAGAAGUCAUACAGCCUCCGCAGUUCAAACACAUUGUGCAGAGAACGAUAGAAAACUUGGCCGAUCUGUCUGUAACUCGGAGCAGUGACCGUGUAUCCUGGGGGAUAGCCGUACCAAAUGAUGCCAGUCAAAAGAUUUAUGUGUGGUUGGAUGCGCUCACUAAUUACCUGACUGUUACGGGUUACCCUGGUAAUGACUAUCACAGCCAUUGGCCCGCAGAUUGUCAUGUGGUCGGCAAGGAUAUCCUAAAGUUCCAUGCAGUGUACUGGCCAGCCUUUCUCAUGGCCGCAGGUCUUCCUCUGCCGAAGAAAAUCCUGUGUCAUUCCCACUGGAAAGUUGAUGGAGUAAAGAUGUCAAAGAGCUUGGGUAACGUAGUGGAUCCUGUUGAUUGCAUGUCUAAGUACACGGUGGACGGUGUACGGUACUUCUUACUGAGGCAGGGAACCCCACAGAGUGAUAAUGAUUUCAAUGAGAAGAGGAUUAUUGAGGUUAUCAAUAAUGAGUUGGUGAAUACUAUUGGGAACGCGUUGAACCGGAUUUCCAGUAAAGCUAUCAAUCCAGACCAGCUCUUCCCUAAGCCAUCUACUGAUGCCUUUCUGACCAACUUUACAGAAGAGGAUCGUCAAAAACUAGAGGAGCUCUACGGACUAGCAGAUCAAGUGGACAGAUUCUAUGAGGACGGUAAUGUGUAUUUGGUAUUACAGACAUUAAUGGGCUAUUUGUUCUGGGCAAACAAACUGGUCUCGGAUCACGAGCCCUGGGUUUUAGUGAAAGCUGUCGAAGAGAAGGAGCAUUUAGAUACAGUGAUAUAUAUUGUCAUGGAGACUCUGCGAGUGUGUGGAAUUCUAGUACAGCCUGUCAUUCCCUCUUUCUCCUCAAGACUUCUGAGCAGAUUAGGUGUACCUCACUCAGAAAGGGACAUUGCUCAUUCAAAGGUUAAAGUUCAAUGGACGUCACCGAAAUAUGUACAGACACUGAAUCCAAUGGAAUCCGUUUUGAUGCAGAGGUUAAAACAUAAGUGAUGAAUAUUAAUACUGUUUCAGUAGAGAUAUCGCCAUCCUGUGGUUCCUGUGGUUAAAUUGGCUAAGGCUGCGAUAAAUACAUUAACAUUUAUCAGUUAUGGACCUGUGGUGAGGUCAAUGUGAUGUUUUACUAACCUGGUAGGAUUAAAUAUUAACCAGGAUCAAAUAUUGACUCACUGAUUUCCCAGAAGCAUGAACUUUUGCAGAUUGUGUUUUAAUAGUUUUGUACCUGUGUAAGUUACUUAUAUUCUUUUGAUGACUACAAACAAGCGGGUUUACACAGUUUCAAGAUAUUGUGAGUGCUUUUUUUUGGUUUUUUUUUUUUUUUUUCAAUUUGCACUUCUUUACCAAAUGGUCAUUUUAAUUUUGCAUACAUGGACAUAUUGCAAAUUUAUGGACAAGAUCAUUAAAGUUGUUAAAAAUCUAGUAAUUAUUGAUACAAGACUUUUCUAUCCUCGCAAGUGCUAUAUGUUUUGUGUUUUAGGAAUCAAUGCAGUACAUCAAUGAUAAUGAAUAUAACUACAUGUAUACAUGUAUUAAAAUGAAGACCGAGGGAAACACAUCUGGAA